CGCUCAAUUCCAAUGCCCACAAUGCAAUCUGUUUAUAACCCAGCCCAACGCUCAGAAUCACUGAAAGGGAUUGGAGGUGGAAGCGAGAUUAAAAAAUUACUAAUGACCGAAUUAUAACUGUUUUGUUGAAACCGUUAUGAACGCGACCACAAUCACACCAUCAGUUUGAAUGGAGCCUGGGUCUGUUAUAUCUAAGUGCCGAUAAGUCACGGAUGUGGUCACAAAAUUGGUAACACUUUGAGAGAAAGACAUCACUGAAGAUGGCGAGGACGUGGACGGCAUAUAUGACGCUUUUUGUCAUCUAUUUUUUAACCACAAGCUCCAAGGUAGUCACCUGUCUUGGUAAUUCAACGGGCGAGGAAACCUGUCAAUGCACGGUUAAGACGCUGAGGAUGCUGCUUUCUGAGGAAACCGCUGUGAGGACCAAACUACAGACGGAAUACCAAGAAAAAGUCGGCUCUCUUGAGAAACAAAUCGCAGAGUUGAAAGAUUUGAGUAAGUUAUCUAUUGGGCAGUAUCGGUCUUGCAAUGAGAUCCUACAGGAGAUUCCAAAUGCAGUCAGCGGCACCUAUACCAUCAGCACCAACAUAGGGCCCGUCCAGGUUUACUGUGAGAUGGGCCUUAACGGCGGAGGCUACACCUUCCUCCCGAGCUCUGUCAUCGUGGACGGUGCAGGACUCGACCUAACGCCGCUGACCACCGACACUUCACAAGUGUUGGUUCGAAUUCUGGAACAGACAGGCUCUCAGCCGUAUACCAUUCUUCAGCAACUCGCCGCGUAUUCUUCGAUCCCUAUACACGUAUCUAUCAACAGUAACGAUGGCUACCAGGGCCCUAACAACAAGGCACUUGGACCGUACAUGUUUUUGGGCUUCCUGCCGACCAACGUCGCCGCUGAUCCCUCGAAAGCAGCACAAGGUUUUCGUAGCAAUGGAAGAGAUGUCACUUUUACCAACUGCGACCGCAACCCGAAUAGUUAUUUCGCCACGUUUCCCAACCACGAUGAGAAAAAUCCGGUUCCACACAACCCUCACUUCUACCAGCUGCAUAGAAACUGGCGACAGUCCGCGCGUCAGCCUCCAUCUGGUAGAACAAUGCCGACCAAUUAUUUUUUCUUCACCGAAAUCCAUUUUGGAGGCUGUGGGGUCUACACCAGCAGUGACAAGUGGACCGACGCAAGAGGCAUCGCCAUUGGUACCAAGUAAUUACUAACACGCGCACACGCACGCACACACACACACACACACACCUGAACGCAAUUCCGUUUGAGCGCGCCCACGUCUGCAAAGCUGUGACACAAGUAAAAUAUCUAUUACUCUCGUCCAUUCGUUGUGAUUUUGCCAAUACAACAGCAACCAUGCGUGUUGCUACCAUAGAUUUAAAGGUAUUUUUUAACAGUUUGCUGAAAGAAGCAUGCGUUUCCACGACUUAGGGACUAAGAGCCUUUUUACAGAAAAUUUAGCAAUGUUCACGCACCUGCACAUUUCCCGCCAUCCCAGUGGAAAUUCUGAGGACAUUUACAGACGUAUGAACCUAGAGUAUUCAUACACUCCGCGCUUUCUCCGCAAAUAGUGCUAUUUAAACACUCGUCCUUGUCUGAAAUGUAUAUUAAAUCAUAAAACUAACUAAAUAGCUCUGCAGUUAUUUUCAGUUCAACUUAAAGUUUGCAGUGAAAUCUUUUUACCAAAAUAUCAGUUUGCGGUGGAUCUUUUUACCAAAAAUCAGUGAUGGAUAAAAGCUGUGUAAGCAAUUUGUUUUGAUGAUCGAUCUAUUUCUUUAUGGAUAAGAAAAAAAUGCUUUCUGAACAGAAAAUUCAAAAAUAUUUAGAUAAAAGAUUUAUAAAAUCGAUCACAAUUAUAUUUUCCUGUAUAACCUAACGGGUGGAUUUAUUAGAUACUGCUUUUGCUUUAAUAAAGAGCGCUUAAAAGCUAUUGUGUUUUAUGUCUAU